AUGGGAUCACCUAACAGUGAUGGGAUCACCUUUGUAAUCAAGACACUUAAUCCGAAUCACACAUGUCAGAGGCUUAGUAUAAAAAAGGAGGGUGUAACUGCAGCAUGGAUAGCAAAGAAAUUGGCUUCCAAUGUUAGGGCAGAUCCAUAUAUGAACAUCAAUGUAAUGGAAGACUAUCUUUCAGAAAAGUAUGGUGUGAAAGCUAGUAAGAAUAAGUUGUACAAGGCUAAAUGUAUUGUCAAUGAAGAAACUGAUGGCAGUCAUGCAAGGGCAUACAAGAAGUUAGAAAAUUAUGGGCUUAUGGUUAAGGAAAGAAACCCUGGGACAGAAUUUGGAUGUAGGCCAUUCAUUGGCCUUGAUGGUUGUCAUCUAAAGGGAGUAUAUGGCGGAGUAUUGAUUUCAGCAAUUGCAAUUGAUGGGAACAAUGGAAUGUUUCCCCUUGCAUAUGGUGUGGUUGAAACAGAGUGUAAAGAUAGUUGGUUAUUCUUUCUUCAUCACUUGCUUGGAUGCAUUGGGAUAGUCACACCUGUUUGGGAACCAUUAACAUUCAUGACAGACAAACAAAAAGGUCUGAUUGAAGCAAUUGGAAUCAAGUUCCCAAUAGCACAUCAUAGGCACUGUAGUAGACAUCUGUAUAAUAAUUUCAAGACACAGUUUGGAGGUGGACCUGCAUUGAGGGGAUAUUUCUGGAGAGCAAGUAAAUCAUAUAAUGCUAUGGAUUUUCAAAGGGCUAUGAAUGCCAUGAAAGAGGAGAAGCCCGAAGCAUAUGAGUGGUUGAUGAAGACUUUUGUCUGUAUGUGGGCAAGACUUGCUUUUAAUCAUAGAGCCAAGAGUGAUCACAUUACCAAUAAUAUGAUAGAGUCAUUCAAUCAGUGGGUUGGACCCUUGAGAGGCAAGCCAAUACUUACCUUAGUUGAUCAAAUUAGAUUGAAAUUGAUGGGUAGGUUUCAGAAAAGGUAUGCUAAGGGUUGCACCUAUGAACAUGUGUUGACUCCCAGAAUGCAAAAGACGCUUGAUGUGUUGCAGAAAGAUGUCAGGUAUUGUCAUGCAGUGUAUGCUGGAGUAGAUGAAUUUGAGGUGCAAGAUGGUCUGAAUAAGAGGUAUCUCAUGGCCAAUGGUGAGAUGAUUCAUCCACUAUCUGAUGUGAAGAAUUUGGCUGACACUGCCUUGCUUACUCCUGUUUUGAAGAGGUCAAUUGGUAGACCUAGUAAAAAUAGAAAGAGAGAAGCUGAUGAGCCACCUAAGCAAGAUAACAAGAGGAAGUCCUCCAGUAUUAGGUGUGACAGAUGUAAAGAAUAUGGUCACAAUAGGAGGACAUGCAAAGGAGGUCCAAUUAAGGGUAAAGGAAAAGGGCCAUCCUCUUCUCGAAGCAGUGGUGUCAAGAGGAAGCGCAUGGAUGAAGAGCCAACUCCCUCUCAGAGGGUAACAAGGUCUUCUCAAAAUUCAACUACAACCUCUAAUGUAGCUGAACAAGAUAAGGCUUGGGCAGAAAGGGUAAGAGUUGCUGCCAAAGGCUCUUGGUUGCUGUCUAGGAUGGAGAGUUGCUAUCAAGGAUGGAGAGUUGCUGUCAAGGAGGGUGUUGCUGUCAAGGAUGUAGAAGCUGCCAAGGAUGAAGUUGCUGUACUAUGA